GUUCUUCUUUCCGUUGUCGACUAGUUGUACUUGCAUCGGAGCUGAAUAUUAUGGUUCGUGGAUCAGGCAAGUUCAAAACGAAACGUGGUGGCGGGCGCAACUUUUCUCGCGACCUCGAGCCACUCGACGGCGACUUCAAGAAAGCGACGCCUUCUAAGUGGUCUGCAAGAGACGGAGACGAGGACGAGGACGACGAUUCUGACGAUGAUGAUGACGAGGAGGAAGAUGACGACGGAGGUGUCGCGCCCCAGCCUGGCCCGCUUGCUUCAGGCUCUGCGGAACAAGAGCUUACCCGCGCCGAGCGCCGAGCGCAGAAGAAAGCAGGAAAGCCGACCAAACCCGUAGCCAAGGCCACUGCAAUUGCCGAGGGUGAGGAGGAAGAAGAGGAAGAGGAAGAAGCCGAUGAUUCCCUUCUUGUCAAUGCAAAUCGUGCUGCGGCCAAGUCCACAAAACUCGCAAAUGUUGGUGCAGAGCCAGUGCAGAUGAGCAGGCGGGAGAGGGAAGAGAAGGAGAAGAAGGAAGCAAAGGAGCGCUACUGGAAGUUACACCAAGCUGGGAAGACAGAUCAAGCUAAGGCUGAUCUUGCCCGUCUUGCUCAGAUCCGCAAGGAGCGCGAGCAAGCCGCUGCACAGAGGAAAGCGGAACAAGUUGCGAAAGAUGCUGAACUUGCUGCCAAGCAAGCUGCGUCUGCGCAAAAACGUUGAUGAAUUGAUCAUACCAUGCAAUGUACUAUGUUCUACAGUGGUACAACUACGAAUGGUUGGUGUGGUUAUUUCGAGGGCCAUUGGAAUAUAUUUCGAUCAGUGUGCGCUUGCUGAUGUUUUGCCGUUUUGUUCGGUUGUUGUGAUGAAGCAUUAUUUCCUUCGGCGAUCGGUCCGUUGACGUGCGGAUCGACAGGUCUCCGUUCUAAAUCUAAGUCCUCUGCAUCCUCCACACUGCCUGUGUUAUCCUCCACCGUUUUACUCGUUUGCUCGACAUAUCCAUGCCAACCGAAAUGAAUUUGUCUUGCACGGACUAUUUCUCCACUUUGCGGCGUGGCUUGGGGUCCUAACCAUUCCUCGAUCCAGAGCCGCAGUUGUUCGAAGUUACCACCGCGCUGAUCAAUGAUAUCAUUGAUAAGAGGAGGCGGCGCCCCGAUAUCCUCGUAGAACAUUAAGGCCUGUGCCAGUGAUCGACGGAGGGGCUUCACGUCUAAAGCACGCAUCCAAGCAAGCGUGAGUGGAAUUUCAUCCAGCAGGUUUAGACGGCCCAGAAGUAAUAUAUAGGCGGCAAACGCUUUGGCAUCCGGAUAGAUAUCCGGCCAUCGAGACAUGGUGGGAAGGUCACCACUCAAUUGAAGAUGUUGUAUAUUCUCUGCGACCACUUUAUGGCCGGAAUAGGUCCUUGAUAUUCUUCCAAAUAUAGAAAACACAUUCUUGACGUCACUGACUGGGGCCUUGACUGUCCUUAGCCACGGGAAGUUGCUGAGGACGAUUUCCUUGAAAAUGCGUUGCGCAAUACUAUACGGUGGUUGGCCAUCCCAGAAUUGUGUCGGCAUUGGUGUGAGCAGGGCAUCAGCGAUUUCCGUGGGCGAUAAUACCGGAUCGGGUCGGGGCUGCGCGAAUGGCAGACGCUUUCGAAACUCGGCAAAUUCGCUUGUAAAGGUCGGCAACACAUCAGAGAACGCAGCCGCAGUGAUAAGCGUUGUUAGAGUCUCGUUUGUAGGUGACACUCCGAAAUGCUGGCCCAUCCCCUUCCAUAACUGCCAGACAACAUCAAAUCGCCCUGCCCGACUGAGUCCAGUCAUAAAACAGUUGAAUAUACCAUCAUCAAGCUGGAUCAGCGCGGUUGAUGGCCAAAGAUUUUCGACGUGGGACUGGACAAAUGGGUGAAUUGCGAUUCCUCCUAUCUUGCAUAUCAGGCCAUAGGAUUCGUUGAUCCGGUCAGCUGCGUUGAGGGCACGGAUGAGAAUAGACAGCACGCUGGCAUCUACGUCCUCAAGAUGGCCUUUGACUUGUUCCCACAGAGUGAUUGCGGCCGCCUUCUUGCCUUUGCCGAGGAGUCGUUUCAUAAGGGACACAAACGCAUGCCUAUUAUGCCGCAGAACCUCCAAAUUCUCGGGACGACGUGACUGCGGAGCAGUUGCUCUUGUGCCCAAAGGAAAAGCGAAGAUACCGGAGGUGGCAUUUACAUCGAAUGAGGAAUUUCUGGCUGAGUGGAAUGCCGCCAGGUUAUUCAAAUCGACACUCUUCUGCUUGCUCAUCGUCCGCAUGACAGUCGUCCAGAGGAAGCCCGAUUUGUUCCAAUCUGGUGUUGAAGACUUCAGCUGCCUAAUGUGGUCGAGGAUGUCGGGUCGAUAUCUCGCGGCUUCUACGUAGUGAGCUAGGGAGGUAGACAAUUGAGGCCACUGGUUGAAAUCCGAUUCCGAAAGAGCACUGAGACGUUCAGGCAGCGAUUGCUCUGCAUCCGCCUGAGGCGUCCUAGGAAAAAUGUCGUCAGUAAUGGAGAGAACGAUCUUCUCGGCCGCCUCCACAUGUCCACUCUUUGCAAGAAUUCGGAGAAAAAAUAACAGAUCUCGGGAACUGGGUUGAAUCCGAUCCUUCUCCAUUCUUUGUGCAAGGUACUUGACAAGCUCCAAGUUCCCGAAAUCGCGUCCUGCACUUGUGAUCCAUCUGAGUAGGAAUAUCGUCAGAGGAAAACCGGCCUCCUCAUGCUUGCGAAGUACACGGGUGAGUUCCAUAACAUGGAUGGGACUAGGGGGGAGUUGCCGCAAUGCCUCGACGAUGAGAAAGAACUUCAUCUGCGUAUACGCCACGGCACGGGGAAGUCCGUUUGCCAACGCUCGCUCCAAAAUGUCGCUUUGCGCGGGAUCCUCUUCUCCUGUGAUGCUAUCUCUGUUCCUCCGAGGCUCUAUAAGAUCACCUUGAAAUAUCUUGGGAUCAUCGGUUUUGAGGAAUGAUUCGCAUCCUGCGGUUUCAUGAGCGGAUCCUCCUUCAUUUCUAAGAUGGUCCAAUUCGUCCAGCUCGUCAAAAGUCGUUGAUGGUUCUGAGGCUGCGAUAUUGGUCGAUUCCACCUGGGACUGAGUUGGAUGCAUGAGCACGAGAGUUAUGCAAUCGUGAAGGAGGGGAGUGAGCCCGGAGCUGCAAACAUUGCGCAGGACAAUGAGGCUGAACUUCCAUCGUUCCGAAGGAAAGACGUUAGGAUUCGUAAGAGCGCUGACGGCAAGCCGCAAACCGGCAGCAACAUCGUUUGCGGUGUGCAUUCGGUACAGCAGCAACAGAUGGAGUAACCACCCAGGGGGUGGACAGAUGUUCUGCUGCUGUCCGUAAUAGAGCUUUUGUUGGACAUUCAAGUCCGGAAAGAGGUGGGAAAGUGCAUCAAGAAGGGUUCGCGAAGCAAGAGCGUUCCUCCAUCGUAGUAGAUCGGUAAAACUGCAGCCGUACGCCUUGAUUCCUUGUUCCCAGAGAUCGUGAUUGGAUAUAUGUAGCCAUAGGGUCGCCACAUCGUAGAGCUCUGGAGCACCUUCCCUCGUUUUUCCAGAAGCCAGCAGAGCAUUGGCAGAAGAUACGAUGACAUCCUUCACUUGAGUGAAAUGGAGUCCGCGCGAACGAGGUGGUCUCUUGGCAUGCUUCUCGAAAUUGUGACUUCGUUCUCUCACGUGCUCGAGGAACGUUCGUCCGUGGGGAGAUGCAGACAUGUACAAGAGAUCUUGCCUUCUUUCGAGGGGUUUCGGCUCCCGACAAGGGGAGAGAGCAGGUUGUGGAUCUUCCUGCGGGCUUUGGCGAGUAGACUCGAAAGGAAUCGUAGUGGAGGACUCGGCUUCGGCAUCUUCGAGCUCAUUGAAUCGUCUCGGGACGAGUUUUCGAAGAGCAUCGCGCCAAGCUUGUUGUUUGAGCGACGCAUUGUCGGAGGAUGUUACCCCCGACUGCCCAUCCCUGUCUGUUGAUACAGAUGCGUCUUCGGUCGAUUCAGACAUUGAACUCUGUUUAUGUUCCUCUGCAACUUCUCCCGAUAGAAACAAAUCAAUCGCUUUCUUGGGAUCGGGAGAACCAUUGGCGUGUGGGUACGACGAGAGCGGUCGGAAAGCUCGUCUGCAUAUUGGCUUCGUGUUGUUCGCAAGGCAAAAUUGAUUGUGGUGAGGGAUGCAUCGGCGAGAUGCUGACAAGCGGUGCAUUCG